ACCUGCUCUCUGUAUUCUGCUGCGUCCCUUCUUGCUUGCCAUGGCCUCAAACACCAUGGCUGGCUUAAUCACUGGUUCUCAUUCCCAUUUUUCCAAUGACUCUGAUGAGCAUCGGCCUCCCAUCCGUCAACCUUCAUCAAAAGUUUGUCGUGUUUGUGGGGAUGAGAUUGGAUACAAGGAAGAUGGAGAGCUGUUUGUGGCUUGCCAUGUGUGUGGAUUUCCCGUUUGUCGUCCCUGUUAUGAGUACGAAAGAAGUGAAGGGAGCCAGUGCUGCCCUCAAUGUAAUACUCGCUACAAGCGUCACAAAGGUUCUCCUAGAGUGAUUGGGGACGAAGAGGACAAUUUUGAUGCUGAUGAUUUUGAUGAUGAGUUUCAGAUUAAGAGUCGACAUGAUGAAACAGACAAGCAGCAUGAUGUUAAUCAUAUGGAUACUGGAGACUCUAAUCAUCAUCAGUGGCAACCUAAUGGACAAGCUUUCUCUACCGCUGGAAGUGUUGCUGGUAAGGAUUUUGAGGGUGAUAAAGAGUUCUACAGCAAUGCAGAAUGGAAAGAAAGGGUAGAGAAAUGGAAAGUCAGGCAAGAGAAGAGAGGUCUAGUGAGCAAAGAUGAAGGGAAAGAUGACCAAGGUGAAGAAGACGACUACUUUUUGGCUGAAGCUAGGCAGCCAUUGUGGCGUAAGGUCCCAAUACCUUCAAACCUAAUCAACCCAUAUCGUAUAGUCAUUGUCAUGCGGCUCAUUAUACUUAUGUUCUUCUUCCGAUUCCGUAUCUUGACUCCAGCAUAUGAUGCAUUUCCCUUAUGGCUUAUCUCUGUAAUUUGUGAAAUCUGGUUUGCCUUAUCUUGGAUACUUGAUCAAUUCCCCAAAUGGUUCCCUAUCACUCGUGAAACUUACCUGGACCGGUUGUCCAUAAGGUAUGAGCGUGCAGGGGAACCAAACCGUUUAGCCCCAGUUGAUGUAUUUGUGAGUACUGUUGACCCUUUGAAGGAACCUCCCAUCAUAACAGCAAACACAGUUCUAUCAAUCUUGUCUGUGGAUUACCCUGUUGAGAAGGUCAGCUGCUAUGUAUCAGAUGAUGGUGCAUCUAUGCUUCUUUUUGAUACACUCUCAGAAACUGCUGAAUUUGCGAGGAGAUGGGUUCCUUUUUGCAAAAAGUAUAACAUAGAGCCAAGGGCUCCAGAGUUCUAUUUCUCUGAGAAAAUUGAUUACCUGAAAGAUAAGGUGGAAGCCAGCUUUGUGAAGGAGCGUAGGGCUAUGAAGAGAGAAUAUGAAGAAUUCAAAGUGAAAAUUAAUGCUUUGGUGGCAAAGGCUCAGAAGAAACCAGAAGAGGGAUGGGUGAUGCAGGAUGGUACCCCAUGGCCUGGAAACAAUACUCGUGAUCAUCCAGGAAUGAUUCAGGUCUAUUUGGGAAGUGGUGGUGCACUGGAUGUGGAAGGCAAGGAACUGCCACGACUUGUGUAUAUGUCUCGUGAAAAACGUCCCGGCUAUCAACACCACAAGAAAGCUGGUGCCAUGAAUGCUCUGGUUCGAGUUUCUGCUGUGCUUACCAAUGCACCUUUCAUGUUGAAUCUGGAUUGUGACCACUACAUCAACAAUAGCAAGGCUGUUAGAGAAGCCAUGUGCUUUUUAAUGGAUCCUCAGUUAAGGAAGAAGAUAUGCUAUGUUCAAUUUCCACAAAGAUUUGAUGGUAUUGAUCGCCAUGAUAGAUAUGCCAAUCGCAAUACUGUUUUCUUCGAUAUCAAUAUGAAAGGCCUUGAUGGAAUUCAAGGUCCUGUAUAUGUUGGUACUGGGACUGUUUUCAACAGGCAGGCUUUAUAUGGCUAUGAUCCUCCAGUAUCUGAGAAGAGACCAAAGAUGACUUGUGACUGCUGGCCUUCAUGGUGUUGCUGUUGCUGCGGUGGAUCAAGAAAGUCCAAGUCAAAAAAAUCAUCAGGAAGAGGAAUCUUUAGCAAAUUAUACAGUAAGAAGAAGAAAAUGAUGGGGAAGAAUUAUGUUAGAAAAGGAUCUGGGCCUGUUUUCGAUCUAGAAGAGAUUGAAGAAGGGUUGGAAGGUUACGAUGAGCUAGAGAAAUCAUCACUGAUGUCCCAGAAAAAUUUUGAGAAAAGGUUUGGGCAGUCACCCGUUUUCAUUGCUUCUACUUUGAUGGAAGAUGGUGGGCUUCCAGAAGGCAUCAAUAACCAAUCAUUGAUUAAGGAGGCCAUUCAUGUCAUAAGCUGUGGCUAUGAAGAGAAUGAAUGGGGCAAAGAGAUUGGAUGGAUUUAUGGCUCGGUUACAGAAGAUAUCUUGACAGGGUUUAAGAUGCAUUGCAGAGGAUGGAAAUCAGUGUACUGCAUGCCAAAGAGAGCAGCUUUCAAAGGAUCUGCUCCAAUAAAUCUAUCAGAUCGGUUGCACCAAGUUCUGAGAUGGGCUCUUGGUUCUGUUGAGAUAUGCCUUAGUCGUCAUUGCCCAUUGUGGUAUGGCUACGGGGGAAAAUUGAAAUGGUUAGAAAGGCUGGCUUACACUAACACCAUUGUUUACCCAUUCACCUCCAUCCCACUACUUGCAUAUUGUGUAAUUCCAGCUGUGUGUCUUCUGACCGGAAAGUUCAUCAUACCUACUUUGACAAACUUUGCUAGCGUUUGGUUUAUGGCUCUAUUUAUCUCCAUCAUUUUAACUGGUGUCCUAGAGCUUCGGUGGAGUGGGGUGAGCAUUACAGACUGGUGGCGUAAUGAGCAAUUCUGGGUCAUCGGAGGUGUUUCUGCCCAUCUUUUUGCUGUUUUUCAAGGUCUUCUCAAAGUUCUUGCUGGAGUGGAUACCAAUUUCACAGUCACAGCAAAGGCAGCAGAGGAUGCUGAGUUUGAGCUCUAUCUCUUCAAGUGGACCACUCUUCUCAUCCCACCCACCACUCUAAUAAUUCUGAAUAUGGUGGGAGUUGUGGCUGGAAUCUCUGAUGCCAUCAACAAUGGCUCUGGCUCUUGGGGACCCUUAUUUGGGAAGCUAUUUUUUUCCUUCUGGGUUAUUGUUCACCUCUAUCCUUUCCUCAAAGGUCUGAUGGGAAGGCAAAACAGGACUCCUACCAUUGUUGUCCUCUGGUCAAUUCUUCUAGCAUCAAUCUUCUCAUUGAUUUGGGUCCGGAUCGAUCCCUUCUUACCCAAGCAAACCGGUCCAAUUCUCAAACAAUGUGGGGUAGAUUGCUAGGGCAGUGGAGGCAAGUGAAAAUUUGUUCACAGUUCGUAUUUGCUUCCUGGCUUUUGUGCUUGGAUGUUUUUCUUGAUUUGAGUCGUUACCUUUCUGAGAAGAGUUAUCAGGGUGAGUUAUCAGUGUAUAUAGUUUUCAUGGAGAUGUACUGUUAUCAUCAGAAUGGACCCCGGGAGACAUGUCCAUCUCAAAAGAUACAAAAUGAUAUGGCAGCCAAUGUUGUUUUAUAGUGAUAGGAAUACUAGAACUUCUCUUCUUAUACUGCAAGGUUAUUGUAUUGAGAUCAGAUUUGAAAUAAUAUUCGCUUUCAAUGAAGCUGCUUCUCUGUG